GUUACAGUAGAUUCUAUCCGCGUAUAGAGCGCGGAAUUAGACCCGACACGAAAGCACAAUGCAUCGCCUCAGUACCUUUCAGCUUGGAGAUCACUCGCAUUGCCGGCUGCGCCGAUUACUAAAUAGGCAGCCAUUUAAUAAACCGCUUACAUUUACAAAUAUACGUAAAGAAGUAUAUAACAUCCAAAAUGUCCCUUCCGAAUGUGCCGCUCAGAUAUCGUGAAGUAUUGUGCAAUUCGGAGCACUGAAAUCUUGACGCCAUGAAGUUGACACAAAAUAUUCUGGGGGCGUGUCCCUUACUAGUAAUGUUUUUUAGCGAUGCACUCGCUGCUAAGAACAACCACUGCCCCCCUCUUGGGGCAGUCUUACCAGCGCCGACGAGUCCGAGCUCCCAUCCAGCGGUGCAAUCAGCUGUGGGGGCACUCAAGGAAGCCAUCAACGGUAUAACAGGAAGUUUCAAUAGCACGGCGAUAUCAAUUGGUGUGAAGUCUCUUCACGAGACGGAGCCUCUAGUUGAUUUACACUAUACCCCGCCGCAAUUGGAUUCCCGAGGAGCCCAAGAAAUCAAUGCGUCAACGAUCUACCGACUUGCUAGUAUCUCUAAAGUGUUCUUGACGCUGGCAGCGCUUAAGACCACUGGCAUUAGCAUGAACGACCCUAUCACCAAAUACGUGCCACGAUUGAGAGACCUACAACGGGAGGCAAAUGGCACCAGGAAUAGCCUCACGGUUGUUGACUGGGAUGACGUAACAAUAGAGGCCUUGGCAUCUCAUAUGGGUGGGAUUUCAUCAGAUGUGAUCGACAUGACUGGCUAUCCGGCUGAUUGGACCCAAGUUGGACUUCCAGAGGCGCGGGAAACGCUCAAAUGUGCGGGAGUCAAUGGAUUAACGCCGUGCACCGCAGAAGAUUUCUGGAAUACUUGGGGCAAGCAUGAUCCUGUCUUUGCGCCAUUCAGUAAACCGUUAUAUUCCAAUACGGCUUUCUUCAUAAUCAGCCUCGCCAUCGAAGCCGCUUCCGGCCGAUCCUUCGAUGAUGUUGUCCAGAAGGAAAUAUUGGACGUCGCCGGUUUAACAAGUACGAGUCUUACGAAGCCUGACGAUAAGAUCGGAGCUAUCAGUGUGGGCGAUUUGAACUGGAACGCAUCCUUCGGAACUGAUGAUCCUGCCGGAGGUUACUACUCAAGCACGAAGGAUCUCCUUGCUUUCGGCGAGGCUAUACUAUCAAACAAGCUACUAUCACCAGCGCAAACCCGCCGCUGGCUCAAGCCUGUAACAUUCACGUCAUCCCUAGGCCUAUUCAUCGGCGCGCCCUGGGAGAUCGGCCGUUCCGAUAACAUCACCUCCGAUAAGCGCUUAGUCGAAUUUUAUUCUAAGGGAGGCGACGCCGGCGCGUUUCAUACGAUAAUAGCCUUGGUUCCAGACUACGAUCUCGUCGUGACUGUAAUGGGAUCUGGACCCGAGUCAGACGGUAACGUUAUCCAGGUACUGUUCUCUCAGAUUAUCCAAGCCUUGCUUGGAGCUAUCGAGACCGCUGGCAAAGAUGACGCUACUGCUGCUUUCGCGGGUACCUAUCUCGACGAGGCGACGAACUCUACUAUCACUCUCGCCGUCGAUGACGAGGGACCCGGUCUCGGCAUCUCGAACUGGACGGUUCGAGGCGUGGACGUGCCUUCGCAUUGGGCUCAGUACUUCGGCACCGGAGAUCCAGUGCCGGAAACUUAUGUCUCUACGCGACUGUAUCCAACAGGCCUAACCGCCGGUUCGAAGACGUCGUGGCGUGUUGGUAUUGAUAUCGGUACCCCCGAAGACAUCUCCCAGGCCGAUGCGCUGCUGUUCUGGCCACAGGGCAGUUGUAUAUCGUGGGGUACGAUGGAUAGGGCGACUUACCAGUUCAAGGCAAUUGAUGAGAUGUUCUUCAGCUUGGAUCAAUCGGGGGCUGCUACGAGUGUGGAGUUCCGUGGCUUCCAAGCUACGUUGAAGAAGGUUCAAAGUUCGUGAGAGGAACCUAGCCGUGGUCCCCGUUCGCAUUAUGGCUAUUCUAAUUCUACCUUAAUUCAUUUGUAGUUUUAAUUUGAAUUCUAUCUCAACUUGCCCAUUGGUAAUUUACUGGCUUGCACGAGAAAUACUAUAUUCCUA